GUCCCAUUUUCCUUCCUCCCUCACACACACGCCUCAUUGAAGCGCAAUCACGAAAGCAGAAGGGUUUUUUUGGCUCUCUCUCUCUCUCUCUCUCUCUCUCUCUCUGCAACUCUCGCCGAUCAUCCAUGGCCACUCGCUCCAACUCCGACUCCCGCCCCCACCUCUCCGUCACCACUCCUCACCAGAUCUCCAAAGAUGUUCAAGGACUUGAAAUUCACAAUCCUAUUCCACUUUCACCGCAAUGGCUUCAGCCAAAGCCAGGGGAGAGUAAGCCCGGAAUAGGGACUGGGGAAUACCCACCCACCUCAAAUCCUUCUUAUGGAAAUCGCUCAGAUGUCAUGAAGUCAUCUGGAAAUGGUGAGGAAAUUCAUGAGAACCAGAGGAAAAAGGAUGUGUUCAGGCCAUCCUUGAUGGAUAUGGAAGCUGGACGGCGUGAUCGCUGGCGUGAUGAAGAAAGAGACACCAAUUCCUCCAUUCGUAAAGAUCGAUGGAGGGAUGGAGACAAAGAUCUUGGUGAUAACCGCAGGGUGGAUCGACGGACAGAAAAUUCAUCUGCGAGACACUUUGGAGAAGCACGUCGUGUUCCUUCCGAAAGGUGGACCGACUCUGGCAACAAGGAUUCCGGUUACGAACAACGACGUGAGAGCAAAUGGAACACGCGUUGGGGACCUGAUGAUAAAGAGUCAGAAAGUUUGCGUGAGAAGUGGACCGACUCUGGCAAAGAUGGCAACAUGCAUCUUGAUAAAGGGUCAUCUCAUGUUGCUCAUCAUGGAAAGGAUGAGAAGGAGGGGGAGCAUUAUCGACCAUGGAGAUCCAACUCCAUCCAAAACCGAGGAAGGGGAGAGUCUCUUCAUAACCAAACCGUGAUGUCGAACAAACAAAUUCCUGGAUAUUCCUACAAUCGGGGACGUGGGGAAAAUACACCUUCAACCUUUUAUCCUGGGCGUGGAAGGAUUACCUCUGGUGGAGGUACUGUGAGCAGUAUCUCUACUCAUUCUCAGUCUCUAGGAAUCUUAUCAGACAAAAUUGAGAGUGUCCAUGUUGAGCCUCACCAAUUAAGAUAUAGUAGGACAAAAUUGCUAGAUGUAUACAGGGUGGCUGAUAUGAAAUCCUUCCAAAAGCUGGUGGAUGGUUUUGUAGAUGUGCCUUCUCUUACACUGGAAGAACCAGUAGAGCCUUUGGCACUUUGUGUGCCAAAUCCUGAGGAAAUGGCUGUUUUGAAGGGAAUUGACAAAGGGGAUAUAGUGAGUAGUGGAGCACCCCAGAUGUCCAAAGAUGGACGGAAUCAAAAUGAUUUUACACAGCCAAGACGAACAAAGCUUGGUAAUAGAGAAGAUCUACCUCAUACUUUUGAUGAUUCUAAAGAUGAAAGUGCUGCUGGUUCAAAAAGUGGUUAUUUGAAUUACCCAGAUGGUUCGUCUUCUGAGAGGCAGACUAUCCAUAAUGGAUCUAACCAAAAAAUGGAAACCAUGCAAGAUCAGAAGACAUAUUCAGCUUUUAAAGAAGAUGUUGGUCCUUUUAGAAAGUCUGAUGAGGUACCCAUCAUUAGGGAAUCAAGCAUGUCAAACAUGCAGGAAAGUGCUUCUACUCAUCCUGGCAUUCCAUGGAGAGCCCAGUCACUGGGAGAACACUCACAUAUGGUCUUGCAUGAUUGGAAAGAGACACCAAAUGAUGUCAAGUCAAGAAGCCAAGAUAUUGGCUGGUCGCGGCUGCAAAAGGAUCUUAGUAGUGAAUGGGAAAGUAAUUUGAAUGAUCCAUCAUUCGUCAAAGAUGAGGCAAAAUGGCAAGCGAAUGAGGAUCCUAUCAUUAGGAGGCAGCUGUCUGGAGUCAUGGACAGGGAACAGGAAGUGAAAAAACCUCAGCAGCCUUCUCCAGAGGAGCUACAACUUUCUUAUAUUGAUCCUCAGGGUAUCAUUCAGGGCCCUUUUACAGGGGCUGAUAUUAUUGGUUGGUUUGAAGCUGGAUACUUUGGUAUAGAUUUACAAGUCCGCUUGGCAAGUGCAUCUAGUGAUGGGCCAUUCGCAUCCCUUGGUGAUGUUAUGCCCCAUUUACGGGCUAAAGCAAGACCGCCGCCUGGAUUUGCUGCACCCAAAAAUGAAAUCAUUGCAGAUACGGCCAAUAGGCCAAAUUUUGGUGGCAUUGGUGGUGUUACUAAGGUUCAUGCUACUUUAAGUGAGACAGAUAUAAUAAGAAACGAACCUAGACAGAAACAUGGCUCAACAACAGAAGCUGAAAAUAGGUUUUUGGAGUCAUUGAUGUCUGGUAAUAUGAGCGGUUCACCUCUUCCUAAGUAUGCUUUUACUGAAGGUUUGCCAGGAUAUGUUGGAAACAGUUCUUAUGGUUUGCCUCAGACAGGAGUGGAUAACCUCUUGGCAAAGAGAAUGGCACUUGAUCGACAACGAUCUUUACCUAAUCCAUAUCCUUACUGGCCGGGUAGAGAUCCUGCACCAGUGAAUUCAAAGCCAGAGAUUGUCCCAGAGUCAAAUCUCCUAUCUCAAGUGACUGAAAUUCCAAGUCAGCCUCCUCAUUCUCAAAAUGUUGACCUGAUGUCCAUUCUCCAAGGCUUAUCUGACCGAUCAUCAUCUGGUGUAAGUAGUGGUGUUGCUGGAUGGUCAAAUUUCAAUGUCCAAGGUGGGUCGGAUAUACUGCAGGGUAAAAUUGAUAUGCAUCCUGAUAAGAGUUUCCCUCCCCAGGCCCCACUGGGAAUCCAACAACAGAGGCUGCAACCACAGAAUCAACCAUCUUUUCCAAAUCUAUUUUCUCAAGUUGUUGAUAAUACACAGGGCAUCCCAGUGCCAGAGAAGUUACUUUCUUCUGGCUUGCCACAAGAUCCACAACUAUUAAAUAUGUUGCAGCAGCAGUACUUGUUACAGUUACAUUCUCAGACACCUGUUCCAGCACAACAGAUUUCUUUGUUGGAUAAACUCUUGUUGCUAAAGCAGCAACAGCAGAAACAUGAGGAGCAGCAAAUGUUAUUAAGGCAACAGCAACAGCUGCUUUCUCAGGUUCUUUCAGAGCAUCAAAGCCGCCAACAUUUUGGUGAGCCGUCUUUUGGACAAUUACAGGUCCCUGCAAUACCAAAAGCAAAUGCAGCUAUAGAUCCUAGGCUUCAGCCGUUACAAGAAAUGUUUCCAAUUGGUUUGAAUAAGCCAGUUCCUAAUAUUCAAAAUGAACUUGCUGCUAACCUUGUGAAUUUGCCUCCUCAAGUUAACCAGAAUAUUAGUUAUAAUGCAAGUUCUGAAGCCUCUUUAAAUCUACCUCAUCAGAUUUUUGAAAAUAUUAACCACAAGACAGGUGCUAGUGCUACUCUUGCAGAACCAGUGGGUGAUGUUCAUCAUGACUCAUUGCCAGCAUCAAUAUCAACAGUAGUUGAAACCUCACCUUCACAUGAAGUUAUGAGCAAAUCUACCGAGGAUCCACAUGUACACAAAUCCACUCUCGAUUUUGAUGCAACAAAGAAUGUGGAGCAGCCACAGGAAAACACUUUUAGAGAUGAGGCCACUGCAGAUUCUGCACCUUUAGAGUUCCCUGAAAUCCCUGUUCCUAUACCAUCACCAGGAGCUUCCAGGAGUGAAAAGGCUGUGGUUGAGCAUUCUGAUGAUGUUAAGGUGCAAUCUGAUAAUACAGUUGAAGACCAUAAGGUUGAAAGUGACAGAGGUAAUGAUGAGGUCCCUAUGGUGACAGAGGUGAAAAAUGUUGAAGCACGUGAACAGAAAAAGGUGUCUGAGAAGAAGUCAAAAAAGCAAAAAUCUUCAAGAGCACAGGUGUCUGACCAGGCAAAGGGUGUAUCUAAGACUCCCUCUUUGCAGCAACCAAAGCAGGCUGAAAGUCAAAAGCCUCUUGUCAGUGACAUUAAAAUGGAAACAGAAAUUGUUGGAGAAGCAUUGUAUGGAACAUCUCCACAGAGGACGUCAGUAGACAACAAAGAUAGUAAAUCUGGAAUUUCUAGUGUGGAAGUUUUAGAAUCGCAACAGAUUCAGAGGUUAGUACCGACUAGUGUUUCAGGAGGCAGUACUGAGUGUCUUGAAGUCCAGGCUGAUUCUGAAACAAUUGAGUCUGUUGCGGUUCAGAAUACCCAAAUACAUCCAGGGCAACGGGCAUGGAAACCUGCUCCUGGUUUUAAGGCGAAGUCAUUAUUAGAAAUUCAACUGGAGGAACAGAGGAAAGCACAUACAGAAGUUGUAUCAGAGAUUACAACCUCUGUCGACUCCUUGAGUUUUUCAACUCCUUGGGCUGGGGUUGUGGCCAACUCAGAGCCAAAAAUGUCUAAAGAAACUCAUAGAGAGACAGGUAAUGCUGACUUAAAUGUUGGGAAACCUGAAAGUUCUUCGAAUACGAAAAGCAAGAAGAGUCAGUUGUAUGAUCUGUUGGCAGAAGAAGUUCUGUCAAAGUCCAGUGAAAGAAAUGUUGAGGUUCCUGAUAGUACAUCAAGUCUGUCUUUCCCUCAGGUUUCGAACACUCUUUCUGAGUCUAUGGAUGAUGAUAAUUUUAUUGAGGCCAAAGAAACUAAAAAGAGUCGGAAAAAGUCUGCAAAAUCAAAGGGUGCUGGAAAUAAGGUGUCAGUUCCAUUGACCUCUGUUGAUGUUCCUAUUAGUUCAAGCCUUGCAGAUAAAGUCAAAAGCUCUCGACCUAUACAGCAGGAGAAGGAAGCCUUGCCUGCAAUUCCAUUGGGUCCUUCAUUGGGAGAUUUUGUUCUUUGGAAGGGAGAGUCAACUACCCCUUCUUCUCCAGCAUGGUCAACUGACUCUGGAAAACUUCCUAAACCGACAUCUUUAAGGGACAUCCAGAAGGAGCAGGAGAAAAGGAUUGCUUCUGCCCAGCACACCAACCAAAUACCAACUCCUCAGAAAUCCCAGCCGACUCCUGUCACUCGCAAUAAUGCUCCUUCAUGGUCGAUUUCUGGUUCAUCUCCGUCUAAAGCUGCAUCUCCAAUCCAGAUUAAUUCGAAUGCUUCUCAGUCUAGAUAUAAAGGAGGAGAUGAUGACCUAUUUUGGGGUCCAGUCGAUCAAACGAAGCAAGAAACUAAGCAGGCGGAUUUUCCUCAUCUCUCAGGCCAAAGCAGUUGGGGAACGAAAAAUACUCCACUGAAAGGAACUUCCGCUGGGUCAUUAAGCCGACAGAAAUCAAUAGGUGGCAAAACUAUGGAGCGAUCUCUUGCAUCUUCGCCUGCCGUGCAAUCAUCUGUGAAAGGGAAAAGAGAUGCCAUGACCAAGCGAUCUGAAGCCACAGACUUCAGAGAUUGGUGUGAAAGUGAGUGCGUUAGGCUAAUUGGAACAAGAGAUACCAGUUUCCUUGAAUUUUGCUUGAAGCAAUCUCGAUCUGAGGCUGAGUUGCUUCUGGUAGAGAACCUUGGAUCCUACGACCCUGAUCAUGAGUUCAUUGAUAAAUUUCUCAAUUAUAAGGAGUUGUUACCUGCCGACGUCCUUGAAAUCGCCUUCCAAAAUGGGAAUGAUCAAAGAGUCUCUGCCUCCAGCGUUGGAGAUAUGACCUCUGACGGUGCAGUUGGAGAGGUUGACCGAGACACUGCCAUGGGCUCUGAUGGGUUUGUGAAAGGAGGCAAGAAGAAGGGGAAGAAAGGGAAGAAGGUGAGCCCUUCUGUUUUGGGCUUUAAUGUUGUGAGUAACCGGAUCAUGAUGGGUGAGAUUCAGUCGGUGGAAGAUUAGGUGUUUUAGAAGGCAGUUGUACAUACAUUUUGGCUUACUGGUUGUAAAUGGAAUAUAUAUAUAUAUUUUUUUCAUUUAGGAUUUUUAUUUCCUUCUUUAGAGAGCCACAGCAGCAGUGUUAUUCCAUCUGCUCGAGCGAUUUUGUGUAAUAUUCCAAUGAUUAGAGUACUCUUUGAUUUUCAUAUAUAAACCCGCGGCAUAAUCUUUUUAAGUUAAA